AUGUUUAUAAUGGUGUCACCUAAAGAACAAAAGUUCUUUAGUAAUAAUGAAGACAAGAAUGAUGCUGCAGAGACAAGAGUUUCUAGGAAAAAACGUAGAUUAGAAUCAGUAAUUAACGAGUUUGAUGAUAGUUCUAACAUUGACAAAAAUAAAAGAUCAGGCAUGGAGAUGGAAAGAUGGAAAGAUGACUUUUUAUGUAGUCGGGUGUUUUGA